UUACAAAAGGUUGCUAUCAAGUGAAUAAAACCUUUUGAUUUUGAAUGAGACGACUGUCUGCUCAUCACUCAAGCAAGUUAAGGCUAUCUGGCACUACGCACAAUUGAUAAGUAUACUGCAGCAUCCAAGUCGUGAUUGAAAACCCGCAGUAAUCGAUUAGUCAAUCAGUUCUGCCACAAUGGCCGCUAGCGAUGAAGAACAACGUACGGUUGCUCGGUACGACAAUUAUCGCUUAUAUCGGGUUCAACUGGACACGGAACAGCAUGUGCAAAUUCUGCAGGAGUUGGAAGCAAAAAGCGAUAGCUGUACAUUCUACGGGCAUGCCCGGCAACCGGGCCAGCAGCUGACGAUUAUGGUAGCCGCAAAUAAGGUCGUGGACUUCGAUGACCUGCUCAUGCGUUUUGGUAUGAAAGGACAAGUGCUGGAGCACAAUAUUCAAUCUAAGAUUGACAGUGAAUCAAGAAAUAUUAAACCUCUUUCGGUUAGCACCGCAGAGUUUGACUGGAAUCAUUACUUCUACCUAGAGACCAUUUACGCGUGGAUGGAGGAUCUGGCCAAGAAGCAUGACUUCAUUACUGUACACAGUUUAGGGUCCACCUACGAAGGCUUACCUAUUAAGGGAGUCAAACUGUCCCGUAAGACAGGCAACAAAACCAUUUUCGUGGAAGGUGGUAUCCAUGCUCGAGAAUGGAUAUCACCAGCAACGGCAACGUUUAUUCUAAAUGAAUUAAUAACCUCUACCGAUCCUCGCAUUGUCGACCUAUCAACCAAUUAUAACUGGUUCAUCUUUCCGGUAGUCAAUCCAGAUGGUUAUAAAUUCACUUUUGAAGGCGACCGCCUAUGGCGGAAAAAUCGCAAACCAUACGGUUUGUGCCGUGGAGUCGACCUCAACCGAAACUUUGAUAGCAACUGGGGAGGAAUCGGCUCCAGUGAUGAUCCAUGUAGUUAUGAUUUUUCUGGUGAAGCUGCAUUUUCUGAGCCCGAAGCAGCGGCUCUAGCUGAUUUCAUUCGCAUGAAUACCGAAAAGGAACAGAUUCGAACGUACAUCGCUCUGCACUCUUACUCGCAGCUAUUAAUGUUCCCGUUUGGUCACACCGCAGAUAAAGUAUCCAAUUAUGAGCACCUGAGCAGCAUUACCGAGAAAGCAAUUACAGCUCUGACGGCGAUUCAUGGAACACACUUUCAGAGUGGCAGCAAGCACGAAACCAUCUACCCAUCCAGCGGAAGCAGCAUCGACUGGGCGUACCAGCAUGCAAAGAUUCCGAUUUCGCUAACGUUCGAACUGAGAGGUCCACCGGAUUCGACCGAUAUGUUCAUCCUGCCAGCGGAGCAAAUUACUCCUGUGGGACAGGAAACGAUGGCAGCAUUUGUGGCGAUCAUUUCCGAGGCGGCACGGUUGGGGUAUUAUGAUUGAUAGUUUAUAAUUUUACCCUGGUGUGUAUUUUGCAGUGAACACUGGAGAUUUAUUUGAAUUGAACUUUUCGGAUAGUUAGAGCGAACUAAUCUUAUCCACUUUUAUAAAAAGUAAAGCAAGUAACCUCAAAAAUAACACGAAAUAAAAAAAU